AUUUUAAAACGGGUGGUCCAUUUAGCAUAACCAAAAAAAAACCGGAAACCGUUAAUCAAAUUGGAUCGGUAUAUUGGAUUCCACAUUUGAAACACUCUCAAAACUUUCUCUUUUACUUACUGUAAUAGUGUAAAUUGCUUAACCCUUCAAAGUUUAAACCCAAACAAAAGUCGUAUUCCUCCACCGCCACCGCCCAUUCCUCUGUGGUCACCGCCAUAAACGUUUUGGUUGCAGACGCAAUCGUCAACUCAACAUUCAAUUCCCUGGGCUUGCUCAGGUACAUUGAACUGAAGUGCGAUGGAAAAUGAUGAACCCGUUCUUCCUCAAUCUCACGGUUGUAACAUUCAAGGUAUGGAUCGGGUGGUGGCAACUGUGACUGGUUACCAUGAGCCUGACCGAUUCAACCUUAUUAAGCUGAUUUCGUAUGCCGGUGCCAACUACGUUGGCAUGAUGUCAAAAUCAAUAACGCAUCUGGUGUGUUGGAAGUUCGAAGGAAAGAAAUAUGAUAUUGCUCGAAAAUUUAGAAUACCUAUAGUCAACCACCGUUGGGUUGAAGACUGCAUAAAGGAAGGAAGGCGUGUCCCAGAAGAUUCCUAUAUCAUGCAAAGUGGACACGAAGUAGGGCCAUUGUUAAUGGAAGUUCCUGUCAGUUUUCAAGCAAAUAGCUUGGCGAAGAAAAAAGUGGUUAGUGGCAGUUUAUCUGAUAUUGGGUCUGAAAGGCAAAAUAGUGACUUCAGUUCUUGGCUCUGUGGAAUUUCUGUUUUGGAAGAUUCUUCUAUAUUGAAAAAGCACGAGGAGUCAAGUUCAUAUUCAUCUAGACUGUCAAAGAAAGGUAAAAGAAAUAGUGGGAAUGAAGCAAGUACCGAAGCUAGACAUUCUCGUAAAGGAAGAAGGGUUGGGAAAAAUGAUGGUCGAGUGGCGUUGGACCCUAUAAUUUUGGAUUUAAGCACAGACGACCAGCUUAGCGAAAUGGAUAGGCUACACACUGAGGCUGCAGCUACCUCUUCCUUUUCUAGCCAUGUCAAUAUCGAAAAUAUUCAAGAAAACAGUGAAGGACUUGAUACUAGACUAUCUAGGCAAAGUAGAACUAUCGAUGGAAGUUCAGAUGGCAUUGAACAGAGUAGAGAUUCAUAUCAUUUAUCUACUCCCACAAAUUCAACUUUGUUUAUUGAAGAUCCCCUUCCUUUGACACAGACUUCAGUAGACUUAUGUUCCAGUGCUGCAGAAAAGUCCACCAGUGGUGACGUGGUUGAUAAUUUUGAUGACUUACCUACUACAAAGGACUUGUCAUGUGUUAUAUGUUUCACAGAUUUCAGUUCGACAAGGGGGAUUUUAGCUUGUGGACAUCGGUUUUGUUUUCCAUGCAUCCAGGGUUGGGUUGAUCACAGGAUUGCAUUGGGAAAAGUUUCAACCUGUCCGUUGUGCAAGGCAAGUAUUACGGGGAUCAUGAAAGUUGAGCAUGCAGCCACCACUGAUCAAAAAGUUUACUCCCAGACAAUUCCAUGUGACUACCCAGGCUCAGAUAUUUUUAUCCCCAUGGAUCAAGAAUUUCGAGACAAUAACUUAGAGUCCUCUCGAGCAGGUGCUUGUGUAAUCUGCAGUGGUCGAGAACCGGAGGAUCUACUUCAGAACUGUGAUGUUUGUCGAACUCGAAAAAUUCAUUCCUAUUGCAUGGACCCUCCUUUACUGCCUUGGACAUGUAGUCCCUGCAAGGAACUUCGAAUGAUUUAUCGUAACCGUUCAUAUUAGUAAGCAUUCUUUAUCCAUUAUUACAAUUCAUGGAACACUUGCGUGUCUCUAGUUAAAUGCUGUUCCUAAGAACACAGUCUGUAUGAAAUUCGUUGUGAUCGUGAAGAGAGCUUGUUCACAUGCUGUAAAGUCAAAGGAAAACUGUAGUUGUAUUUUAAGUAACUUAAAAUCUGUUGCUUCAAUUCUUAACUUCUGCCUAAAUAAAUUCAUUGCCAUGUUUGAUGAAA